AUGGGGAGCGAUCCCUUGGGAUCCCGGCGGCCGACCUGCGCCUACGGCUUCAUGGCUUCCCCUUCCUGGUUUCCACUGCAGAGGUCCAGCCACUCUCUCUUCCACCCUCUACGCCACGACGGGACAGGCGGUGACGGCGGCAGGAGUCGGCGGUGGCAGAACCUGUUCCGCCGGCUGACGAGAGAAGGGAAAUCGAAGCCGCACACGUUCCACUACGACGUCGUCAGCUACUACAAGAACUUCGACGACGGCUGCGGCUGGGAAAGGGAACGAGGCCUCCUGCCGCCGUGCCGAGGGCUUCUCAGCCCUUCGUUCGAAGGCCGUCUAGCAGCUCCGCGCUAG